GUAUAAUUAAUUCUGUAUUAUAUAAUACAAAUGGAUAAAUUAAGUAUAUCGGUAAUAGUGCAUAUUAAUGGUUAUAUAGUUUUUACAUACGGGCUUCCUUUUUUUAUAUGGAUUAAAAUAAACAAUUUUAAUUUAUUUUGUACCAAAUUACUAAAUUUAUUAAUUCAAAUAGAAUUAUGUCGAAGCUUUUAAAAUUAAUUUUUUGUUUUGGGGAAAAGAAUGAAGUGGAUGAACUCGAUAGUUGCAGUGAACAAGAUUUAAACGAAAUAUUCGAAAAAACUAAAACGUAUAAAACUUUUCAAAAUAAAAUUCCAAAAGAAGACGACGAAGAUUCGUCAGAAGAAAAUCCUGAAGUGACUACAAUAAAUAAAUACGAAAAAACAAUAAAUGACCAAAGUCAGGAGCAUUUUACAAUAAUGAAAAUGCCCAUCUCACCGAAUAAAUACGAAACAUUGAUUAUUUCUGAAGAUUUCAAACAUUUUCAAGAAGGGAAUAAACAUGUUUCGAAGAAGACCAAAGACAAAAAUUCCAACGAAAAAACAAAUUUUCAAAAGGCCCGUUUUUCACACGCUUCGCAAAUUCCUAAAAUUAUACGAUCGGAAAAAAACGAUCUGAAUAUUCUUCGAAAACAUUUCUUGUACGAAUGGAAUCAACGAGAAAAACGUUACGUUCUCAGAGAUACAUCGACGAUAGAUUCUGAAGAUUUUCUAUCUGAAACGCAUAAUGCUUUAUACAAAUGCUUCGAUGGAAAUGUAACUUUAGAAAAUACUUUUAAUCAAAUUACGGAUAAAAUAUUUUCUGAUAUCUUUCAAAAAUGUGAAAAAAUACAAUCAGACAGAAAUAUUAUUGAAGAAAUUCAUACAGGGAUGAAAAAUGUUUUGAUUUCUAGGAUUAAUCAAAAUAAGAAAGUCGACGAUAAAUUGGAUAAUGAUGUAUUGAAAGAAAUGGAAUCGGUAGCGAGAACUAUUAUAACGAACAGAUUAAUUCGAGAUGAUAAACGAUCCUUUGGAAAUAACGAUGAUCAGCAACAAUCUUCAUCUACUUUAGUUAAAACCUUUUUAAAAGAAUAUAGAAAAGUUGGAGAGAAAAAUGAAUCUUCCGUGACAAAAAUAGGACCUAAAACCUUUCUGAUAAAGAUUCCUGAAGAAUUGAAUACGUCUCAGGAAAUGUUACUAAAUAUAUUAUUUGAAAAGAAAUCGAAUAAAAGGGAUAAGAGUUAAAUGAUUAAAAUAUAUAAAUGAUAAUCCACUGUACAAGUUAUCUUCAAUAUGGAAUAUACAUAACUCUUUCUUGGAGAGAAAGAAUAAAUGUGGUUUUGUUUAAAUUAUUUUCCAUCUUCAAAACAAUUCAUAAAUAAAGUAAUCUAUAAUUAAAUUGAUGUUUAAAAGUUAAAUGGAGUACGGUGAAAUUAUGAACUGUAUAUUUAGAUUAAUCUACAAGAUACAGUUUGGAAUUUGUCAAUAAAAGUUUAAUUCCAAAAUUCCUCGGUAGGGAGAAACUGAUACAUUACAUCGUAGAGAGCGCUUUAAUAUAGCUGGAUAAGCAAACCAAUUGCAUAUUUUGUUUCAAAUCUCCUCAGGACCUCGAUUAUCCACUAACUUCAGGUAGUAUUUGGCACUUCAUGCCUGAUAUUUCAGAUACAAUAGAUAACCAAGAGGUGCAUUAAUUAUUUUACUUAUAAAUGUAUUAGGAAUUGUAUAUUGAUGAAUGUGUUAGCUGUUAUCAAUUAUUCUCCUAUGUUAAAUAAAUCUUUGUGGUUGUAAUGUUAAUUUAGCGGAGCGAAUCACUUCUGGAUGUUCGUCUCCCUUAAAUUCCUUCUCCAUCCGCGUGUCCCGAGUUGCUCAUUCGGGACAGCUCAAAUUUUCUCCCUGAGAAAGGUAUGUUUUUCAUCCGCCUGUUUCUCCAGGCCACGUCACGGGUGUCAGAAGAAACCCCCUGCAACUCCACAGAAAAGAAUUAGUAAAUACUCAGAACUCGCCCACGAAAUAAAACACCUAGAAUUGUUACAGCACCGCAUCCAUACAUCAUAUGUGUUACUUGGUCCAAAUGACCAGUACCAAAUAAGAGCAGCAACCUGCAAGCUAGCAAUUGAAUUUUAAGGUGUGUUUUCUCGUGUAAAUCAGUUUUAGUUUAACCGAAACGAAUUCUAUUGUAGUGUUUUCGUGUCCUGCAAUCGUUUAGCAUCUUGGUCAAAGAAAGUGAUAGAUAGUCCAUAAUACCGUUUGCCAACAGAUAAACAAAGCAUUCUUCGGUAAACAAAGCGAUAGUAAUAACGAAAAAUAUAGCCAAAUAGCCUGUAUUUGGUUCAUGAC